UUAGAGGGAGGUGAGAGCUGGCUGUGGUGUGAGUGGGAAGUGGGUGAAACAGGGCCUGGAGAGGAGGCCACUGCUGGUCGGAGUGGUCUGUGAAUCUGGGAAUCUACCACCAGCGCCCACUGUAGGUGACCGUUUCCCCAGCAACCAUGACUCACAAAGCUAGCCUGUGAAGGGCAGAAGCAGUCUCCCCUGGGUCCCCGAGAGCCCAGGUCACAAUGGCCGCUAAGGCCCAGCCCAGAGGAGGCAUGCCCCAUGACGGCCCUGCAGGCUUGCCCCUGCAGCUGCCCGCUGCCCAGCUGGGCCUGGGUCUCCCGCUGCGACCUUGGCCUGGUACCUGGACGUCAGGGCUAGCGCGGAGCGGCCUGUGGCCUCGGCGCCCAUGUGCGUCAUCUGCUUCGUGAAGGCGCUGGUGUACGUCUUCAAGAUCUACCUGACCGCCAAUUACACCUACAACUUCCGCAGCUGGCCGGUGGACUUCCGCUGGGACGAAGUGCGCACUGCGGGCGCCGGCAGCAGCAGGCACCGCGCGCUUACGUGCGCCGCAGCUGCAGCGGGCGUGUGGCUGCUGCGUGACGCGGCCCUGGGCGGGGAUGCGCCUGGGCGACCCUUGCGCGGGAACGAGAUUGACACCAUGUUCAUGGAUCGCCGUCAGCACCCUGGCAGCCACGGCCGCGGCCUGCGCCUCGUCAUCUGCUGCGAGGGCAAUGCUGGCUUCUAUGAGAUGGGCUGUCUGUCCGCACCGCUGGAGGCCGGCUACUCGGUGCUGGGCUGGAACCACCCAGGCUUCGGGGGCAGCACGGGUGCACCAUUCCCUCAGCACGAUGCCAACGCCAUGGACGUGGUGGUCAAGUACGCGCUGCACCGGCUGCACUUCCCACCCACACACGUGGUGGUCUACGGCUGGUCUAUCGGGGGGUUCACAGCCACCUGGGCCACCAUGACCUACCCAGAGCUGGGCGCGCUGGUGCUGGAUGCCACUUUUGACGACCUGGUGCCACUGGCACUGAAGGUCAUGCCCCACAGCUGGAAGGGGCUGGUGGUGCGGACGGUGCGGGAGCACUUCAACCUCAACGUGGGCGAGCAGCUGUGCCGCUACCCGGGCCCCGUGCUGCUGCUCCGGCGCACCCAGGACGACGUGGUCAGCACCUCCAGCCACCUGGCCCCUCUGCCGCCCAGCCACGUGGAAGGCAAUCGCGGCAACGAGCUCCUGCUACGCCUGCUGCAGCACCGCUACCCGGCUGUGAUGGCACGUGAGGGCCGGGCCGCAGUGACCCGCUGGCUGCGGGCCGGCAGCCUGGCACAGGAAGCCACCUUGUACGCGCGCUACCGGGUGGAUGAGGAGCGGUGCCUGGGGUUGCUGCGUUCCUACCGAGCCCACUGCGAGCAAGAGCUGGAGGACGAGGAGGCCUGGGGGUCUCACGGUCCUGCCUUCCCAUGGCUUGUGGGUCAGGGCCUCAGCCCACGGCGGCGGAGACAACUCGCGCUAUUCCUGGCGAGCAAGCACCUCAAGAACGUGGAGGCAACGCACUGCAGUCCGCUGGAGCCGGAGGACUUCCAGCUGCCCUGGGAGCUGCAGCCUUCACCAACUCACAUGCCUUCUGGGCCUCCAUUCCGUUCCCACCCUGUGCCCAGAACCAGUGAAGCUGGCCCUGGUGGGGCCCCCUGACCUGUCAGGGGUGAGGCAGUCCAGGCCCAGUGCUUGUCCUUCGCUGGGGUACCUGGCCUUCCCACUGCUCUCCCUCUCCUCCCUCCUUCUGGUCUCCUCUUCCCACAAACACUUCUGAGUGCCUGUGCCUAGCUCCGAAAGAGAACGCCAAGAUUAACCUGACCCACUUUCUGCAAAUGCCGUGCAAUGGGGCCUUGAUGGUUACGAAAGGGCGACGAGAGUGGGCCGUGGGACCACAGGGAGGUACCCUUCACCUGGCCUGGGCUGCAAGAUGGCUCUUGGGAGGAAGAUAUGGGGCCGAGCCUUGAAGGCUGUAGAGGUGGCCUCGCUGUGAGAGGGGACGUUGGCCUUGUAGGUUACUGCGCGGGUCUCAGCAGCUGGGCAGUCUCAGGAGUGUGAUGCCUCUGGUCUGUGGGGCCCCUCCCCCCGACUCCGACACUGCAGGCCUCCACAGGAGGAGUUUCACAGAGGCCCUGCAGACCAGAGUAACCUGUGGAGCAAGAGACAGGCCUCUGCUCACCACCAUCCAAAACAGCCAUUUCUGUAUGGUGUGCCCUGAACCGCAGGAAGCAGGACUACUGGCUGCCCCGAUGCCCCCAGUCCCUGGGGAUUGGGGGCAUGGAGCCAGGCAGGGAGCCCCAGAGCACCUGGCCCAUGCAAGUCACCUAGAAGAGCAGGCGAGC